AUGCGACGUGUUCACUCACAAACAUCCUUUCCAGGCAUCAUUGGAACCUCAUGGGAUGGAUUUUCUCACCCAUGCCCGAUGAUUUGGGGAUCGUACGUACAAGUACGUCAUUCUGUGGGAAUGUCCCGAGAAAGCCGGAGAAACCAACCAAAUGCAGAUCCUACCACUGGGAAUCAAAUAUCCAUAACGGAACCACCAGAUCUAACACAACAUAUGCAAUUUGCUCUUAAUAAUUUAGAGCAUAUAACACUUCGAGAUGUUCCAGAAGAACGUCGUAGUCGCACAGAUGUGGAAAAGGAACGUGAAAUGCAGAAAAAAUUUGGAAAGUACGGUCCUGGAGAACGAUUAACGAAAAAUUCUCAACAAACACGACGUGAUAUGUUACAAGAACAACAGGAUGUUGAUGGACUUCCAUGGGAAGUGCGAUGGCGAAAAACACUUAUACCAACUUCAGAGGAAAUAAUUCAAGAUGUACGUGAUCGAUUUGAUUUAUAUAUUCAAGACCCUAUUGAACGAGAACAAGAAUGGUAUUUACAUUGGAAAGAUAGAUCAUUUAAAAUUCAAAAGGAUCGUAUGAUUUGGCCACAGGGUUAUACAGAUUAUCUUGAUCACUAUGAUGAACAUGGUAGACGUCGAGUUCUUCCAUCUGAUCAGCGAUGGUCUGAUACAUCAUGGAAACAUUUAGCUGAUACAAAAUACAAAGAUCGUAUGUGGCUUAUAGAAGGAGAAGAAAGGAAAGCGGUACAUCAGAGUCUUCGUGAAGAUCGUGUAUUGAUGGAAGAAGAAGAACAACGUCAGUUAGAGAUGGGAAAUGUAUACAAUGGAAUUUUAUCUGGUGUGGUAGAUCUUGACCCGGAGCAAACAUAUCAAGCUCUUUCAGGUACCGCAGACCCUUUAGAAGUUGCUCGUACGAAAUUAAAAAUUCAGGCAUAUGGUGCCCAACAGGCAAUACAAAGUGGAAAGGAAAGAAAAUCUUUACAAAUAGACCCCAUUUCAGGUUUACCAAAAGCAGAUAUGGAACCACUUCCUACAGGCAUAACAGUUGAACAAGGUGCAUCUAUCGCUGCCCAGGCAAAUAUUCAAAAUGAAAUGUUAGAACAGAGAGCUGAUAUGGCAAGAGAAAGUGGUCAAGAUCCAGUCCUAGCUCUUAUGAAAGCACAUCACAGCACAUCUAAACAACAUGAUGAUCGUCCAGCACUUCGAACUUUAGUUGAAGAAAAAAUUGAAACCACUAAACAACUUCAAAAUACUUAUAAAACAAUAUCAUCAUUUAAUAGUGUAAAAGAUACUUUAGAAAAAAUUGAGAAUUCUACACUAACUAUCGAAAGAAAAAAUGAGUUAAAAACUUGUGAAAAAAAUUUAUCAACCAAUUCUGAAAAUAAUUCAGAAUUGCAUCAAACCUUGAAAAAUAGUCCUUCUGGUUUUAUUGAAAUAGAAAAGCGUCCAUAUAACGCAGAACCAGAUAUUCCACCUGAACUUUACACCAUUCCACAGAAUCGUGAGAUGGAUACUAUUCCAAAAUGGUACCGUGAAACUCUUGUAGAGACGGAACCUCUUAUUCAAGCAUACGAUAUGACCCAUGAUCCAUUAGAAGUAAAAAAGAAAGUAGUGAAGGAGUACUAUCAACCACCAGAACUAGUAGAAGAAAAACGGAUUACAAAUGAUGAUGCUAUAUGUGGUGUUUCAUCUUUUGAUGAAAUAAAAAUGCAUAGACUGAAGUCAUUACCAGAGUUAGUAGAGGGAUAUAAACCUCUUCCACUCUUUCGAGAAGUUGCCAAAAAUGAUCAAAUCAAAAAGGAUAAAGGAGAAUUAAAGUUGUCGGAGAAAAAAUCUGAGAAGUUGCGAAAGGAGCGACAAGAACGACUUCGGAAAGCGAAGGUUCAGUAUGAUCCGGAUAUUCUCCUUCCCACUUUGCCAUGGGAAACAGAUUCUGUUACCGAUCCAUAUCGUGGAGUUGCGAAGGAGGAUGCAGUCGAUUUCAACAAGGCAGAUUUAGAAAAGACUUGGCGUGCUUAUCGAGACACCUUUCAACAGAGUAUCACAGAAUUUGGGAAUCUUACACAAAUGACAACAGAAGAAAAUUGUGAACGUAUGUUAAUGGAUACAAUGGAUCGAUUUCGUCGUGGAGAUGUUGGGGAACAUCCACAAAUCCCUGAAGAACAUGAAAAAAUUUUCAGAAUGAUAUUUGAGGCACAUACAAAACAUUUUCUUUCAGAUUUUUACAAAUUUAAAGGAAAUCGUAUGACAGAGGCUGCAACAGCAAAAUCAGAAGCAGAUGAGAUACUAAGAAGAACUUCUGGCAAAUGUAAAUUACUAGGACCAAAUUUUAUGAAUUUUAUACAAGAGAUGACAUCUUUAGAGUUAGAUUCCAUCAGAAAAAAUCCUGCACAACGUUAUGUCAUUAUGAUUCGAGAUCAUAAAUAUGAACCAUUGGGGAAACCAUUUAUGAACUGGAUCACCAAUGAACUUAGCGAAUUUAUUUUAACAGAUUUUCAAAGUAUUGAACAACUUGAAACAAGUUUAGAAUUUCUUAAAAAACAUAUAAAUGAUGCAAGAUUUAAAUGUCCAAUGCGUUUGGAAGGUAUUAAAGACUCUGCACGUGAUGCAACUGUUGAAGCAUUUUUUCAAUGGUGUCGUGGUGCACUUUGUUUUUACGCGGGUAAACAAUUACAUCGAUUGUAUAUAGAAUUCGCUGACACUAGAUUCCGUACUAGGGCUGAAGAAUUAUUUGAAGAUUCUAUUGAAUGGUUUUCAAACUAUGCCAAAGCUGCAAAUGGUAUUGUACAAAUUCCUAUCCCUGAUUCUGAUCCUCCAUAUGAAUAUGAGGAAAAAGAUUUUCUUGACGGAGAAAAUGCUGUAUAUGCUGAAAUCACUGGACAACUAGAUAAAGCAGAAGGAUUAUGGCAUUCAGGAACAUCCAAACGAUGGUAUCCUGUUACUGAUGAAACAGAAUAUAUUUGGUAUAAUGAACGCCGAGGUCGCAUAACACUCGCUCUGGAUAUUUCUGAUCGUUGUCUUGAAAAUAUUAACAAGAAAACACAUCCUUCUAUUCAUCCGUUUCCAGAGCGUGCACGUCCUUUUCUGGAAGGGGCACCAUUGACUCAAGAAACAGCAGAACAUCUUUGGAUGCGAUAUGUAGGAGAUGUAUAUUAUGAACAUAGUGAGUUAAUGUUUCGACAAGGACGUUUUGAAACAGGUCGCUCAUAUCGUGAAAAAUGUCUUAAUUUAUAUCAUUUAGCUAUAAGAGUAGCACGUGAAAGAUUACCUCCAUCAUGGAAAGCACCUUUAUUAACAGAGGCAAAAUUUCUUAUGCGAGUUUAUAAGCCUGGUAUAGAUCUUGAAAGACAUUUAAAAGAGGUAGAAAUUGUGGUAGACAAACUAUUCGCAAUAAAGGAACCUCGACACUGGAUAGAACCUUUCUCUGAUCUUCCAUAUAGGGUUGCUGUAGUUCAUGCUAACUUACCUGCAUUUGGGGAAUUUAUUGUAAAUACAGUUAAAUCACGUAUGAAGAGUCAGAAUCCAUCUAAUGAAAUGCUUUUGGAAAAUAUGCGUCAACGUUCACUUGGUGGUGAUUAUUUGCGUGAGUUAGAUGAGUAUUAUUCUCUUGUAAAUAAAGUUGCUGAAGAAGCUUUUCGAAAAAAGAUUUUGCGUUGGCGGGCAUUAGAAUAUGAGGGUUCCGAUCCAUACCUAUUUUGGACACAUCUCUAUUUUGCCUUCCGUGUUCAUCCUAAAGAUGCUGAAGAAGUACGCAAGAUGUGGGAUAUGUAUGAACCAGCUUUUCUCUACAUUUAUACACAAAGCGCUCUUGCUUCCCGUACUCGUGGAAAUAAGUUAAUUAAUGAUGCAUUACGUCGCAUGUGCCAAAUUCUUUUGCCAGGUAAUGAGGAACAAAAGAGAAUACUUCUAAAAGAAUUAACAAAAGUACGGGAAAAGAUGGCACAUCUUAUAGAUAGACGGGAAUUGGACCGAACUAUUCGAGCGUUAGAAGCCCAUUUAGCUGAUUCUAACCAUGUUACUUUUACGUAUGGUUCAUCUUUGCUAUAUCGUGAAGCAGUGAGACAAGAACGAAUAACCAAUAAUCCAAAUCUCCGCUCCAAUAUGGCCGCAAAAGAUUAUGCAGAGCUUCAAAAACGCAAAGAGUCUCUUCGUGUUCAUGGAUCUACACUGGAUCCCCAUCAAGCCGCAAAAUUACAGGAGCAACAGAAUUCUACCUCCCCUAUGGGUGAAGAAGUCUUGGGAACACAACCUGAUCUCUCCACAAAGGAUAUGUUUGCAGAAAAGUAG